CAUUAAAAAUAAUAAAUGGACUAAUUAUGGUAUAAUGAAUGCUAUAACUUCUAAUUUAUUUAAUAAAAUAAAUAUAUAAGUACUUUUUUUCAAAACAUUAUUUUAAACAAAUUUUAGUUGUCAUAUUCUUUUAUGUACAUAUUAUUAUUCUUAACACAUGAAAUUAAUUCUUAUUUAUUAUAAAUAAUACCAAUUAAUGAUAAAUCUAAAAAACUCAUUUUGUUUGAUUCAUUUUUUUUUUCAUUAAAUGCACUCACAAAAAUAUCUCAUUCAAUUGAAAUUUUAGUUCAUUANUUUUAAUAUGAUCAUUUAUCAAGAUUAGAAAUUUUAAAAUUUAUUAAAAAAAUAAAUUUCUUGUUCUAGAGAUAAUUGUUCAUUGAUAUUAUUUAUUAAAUGAGAAAUAAAGUCAUAUAUGGAAUUAAAAUUUUGUUUGAUUAAUAAUAUUUGUUUUACAUAGAUAAUUAGAGAGUCUCAGUUUGAUAU